AUGGAGACACAGGAGAAGCCUCAGGGCACUACGGCAGAUGAAAGACCAGAAGAACAAACUGUGCAGGGGGAGGGGCCAGAGCUGCUUACCUGCGCGCCCGCGGCUGCAGAAGACGCUCCGAAAGCGCCCUGGGAGGGCCUGUACGACACGUUCAUGCCGCUGCUCAUCUCCAUGACCUUCAACUCCCCGCUCCAGUUCUGGGAGCUCAACUACAUGCAGCAGCAGAACCAGUUCGAUGCGGCGGCCGAGGAACAGGACAAAGUGAGUAGCUUGGCCGUGUGGUUCGGCUACGAGCCCAUACUGGUCGCGCUGCACGAGAUCAAGCAAGUCACACCCAACAUGGACGCCGCGAUACUGGAUCUCGGCUGUGGCAACGGCCACGUGUGCGAGCUCCUGCUGGCCCUCGGCUUCACCAAGUAUAUCGUGCACGGGCUGGACUACAGCGACGCUGCGAUUCGACUCGCCAGGAGCGUGCGACGGAUGUAUCGGGAACAGCGGGAGAACCAGCGACGGCAGGGCGGUGGCGGCGGCGAUGAUGACGACACUGGCAUCGUCCGGACGGGUGGCAUCGACUACGUCGUGGGUGACGCGCUGGCGACGGGCAUCGAGGGCGGCUCCUUCGACGUGAUCUACGACAAAGGCACCUUCGACUCCAUCGCCUGCGUGAGCAAGAAGUUCGUCAAGUCGCGGCCGUCCCUCAUGCCGCCGCACGAGGAGGAGAGCGACGAAGACGAGCAAAUUCUCCGCAGGAGGACGACGGAAGACACGGAGAACGCCAGUGGCAACGAAGAAGAAGAGAAGGCAAACGACGACGAAGAGGACGACGAAGACGAUCGAAUCAAGUAUUGCCGCGAGGUGAACCGAUUGCUCAAGCCGGGCGCCUACUUCGUCAUCACGAGCCAGUGCCACGACGAAGACGAGCUGCUCCGCUUCUUCACACGCGAACCGGAAGGCGAGCCUGCGGGCUGUGAUUUGGAGCUGGUCAAGAACCUCACCGACGCGUUCGCCGACCUGCGGCUGAUGAUCUUCCGUAAGCCUGCCCUCGAACUUGACCAGGACUGA